AUGGAGCUUUCCAACAUUAUCGACUUGUCAAUCGGUAUCGAUGGAUCGUUCGUAGUGACUCUUUCCGCUACAUAUUACCGACCUACGGAAGAUUUUCCAGCGCCCGAGUCUGCGAAUUUGAUCCUUCCGAUCUCGAAACCUGGUGGAGAGAGGUUCACUGAAAAUCCAGCAGUCUCGGCUAUCAAGAUUCCAGAUAGUACGGUAUCUGCAUUUGUUGAGAUCUAUGCUAGCGGUUCGGGAAAAGAAGAGUUUUGGUACACAAAUGCACUAGACGAAGCAGUCUCAGCCAUAGCAUCGAAUUCCACCAAUGUCAAUAGUCUGAACGCCAAGGGACCGUAUCGAGAAUUGCAACUGUGGAUUGACGAUAGGCUGGCGGGUGUCGCAAAUCCGUAUCCGGUACUUUUUACUGGUGGAAUUAUAUUGACAUGGUGGAGACCGAUAGCCGCUUAUGGCGCAUUUGACCAGCCGACUUAUAUGAUAGAUAUCACACCAUUCAUUCCAACACUGACGGACGGAAAAGACCAUACAUUCACCCUAUCCGUAGCAGGCCAAGGCGCUAACCACUCGAUAAAUGAGUCUUUCCAGCUCAGUGGAAACAUUGCGAUCAUCAAAGACCCAUCUGGGAAACGUACUACUGGGAAUAUUGAAAGUUACAAAAAUGAACCGAGGAUCUCAAUAGGUGGAGAGAUGUGUAAAGAAGGCGUACGUACGGUAGUAGAAGCAAGAAGAAAACUGUCGAUUUCUAGUACCUUGGUCACCGGAUCUGGCAAGAAAAAAGUCACUUUCAGUCAAACUUUGUCAUUCAAAAACACCCAGUUGUGGGGCCCGAAUGGGAGUGGUCAGCAAGUCAAUCAGGCUUCUGCUGGAUCUUCCAAGUCGACUGUCAAUUUUAGAACAAGCUUUCGUGAUAUAUUUAGCUACCCUCUAGCUCUUUCACUUGAGACCAAAAAGGACGGAUCAUUUGGGAUUCUUAGUCAAGGCUAUAGCCGUACCAUAAAGCCGCCAAAGUUUAGUGGGUUUUCCACUCAGAUCGAUACCAGCCAGAUAUCGAAUGGCAACCUACAGUUCGACGCUUCAGGAACAGUUAGUGGUGGAUUUGGUCAAACAGAGCAAAAUUUUACAUACGCAGACGCUAAAGGAUCAACAUAUACACGGGAGGUAGGUAUAGCCAAUGUGACCGUUCUUCUUCGUGAUGAACAGUCUGGAACAUUGGCUCCUCGUACAAUACGUAAUACACAGUCAGUGAGGUAUGCAAAUCAAGGAGAUGGGCACAGAUUCAAGGCCAUAGACUUAGCAAAUGAACUCGAAUCAGAACAGAUAAGUUUAGGACACAACGAGUCCCAAUGUAAAAAUGGACACAACUUCAUGUAG